CGCGCCGAACCAGUUGUUGCUAUGCAACCAUCAACGCGUCUCCUCUGUGUAAGUCAUGAUGGCUGCGAGAAGCGUUAAUAAAAAGGUCCAGCCCGUCAUUUCACAGGUCAAGAAAUGUCCAUCCUCUUCUAGCAAGGCUGAAAGGUCCAAAAGGGUUGAAAUAAGCAGGCAGGCAAAAUCUGCUUGUGGUCCAACAAAGAAUCACACGGAUGAGCUUUUGGCUAAGGAAGAACAAUAUAAACUCCUAAAUGCAGAGUUGGAAGCCAAAACAGCAGAUUUAGUAAGACAGGCUGAACAACUUAUGAGAGAACAGAGUGAAGUUCUUUCAAAGCCUUUCUCCAGUGUUCUGCUCAUAGAUGCUGCAGAAGAAGAAAAGUCCAGGGUAACAGAGCCUCAGACAUGUGCUGAGCCAGGUGUGAAGGAAACAACCAAAAAAGGUGUUGCAUCAAGAUCACAAAAAAUGCUGACUGGAAAACAAGUAAAAGAGCCUCGCUUUAAAACCGGGAGCUCGGAGGUGUCUAAAGAGGAUGAUUUUGAAGCUGUAGAAGAGCCAGCUAAUUUGUUCUUGGCAAAGACGAUUCAGAGCAUGGAGGAGAAAAUGAACAAUGCUGUCAUCCAUGAAAGUGUUGUAGAUGAAAUACCUAACUCUGGAGACAAUGUGGGAUCAGGAGUUUCAGAAGCUCAAAUACGAGUUCUCAAGGCAAAACUCCGCAUUAUGCAAGAGGAACUGGAUCAAAUAUCAUGUGAAUAUUACAAGAAGGAUGAUGAAAACACAAAGCUGAGCGCAAAGAUUAAGGAGCUGGAGGAGGAUCGAGCCCGACUGCAGCGGACUGUGAGCAUCCAGCAAACACAGAUCGAGAAGCACCGAGCUUUAGCCGAGGAGUCCGCCAAAAAAUGUGAUGGCCUUCAACUGCAAGUGUCUGGCUUGAGCAAGGAAAUAGAAAAACUGAAUAGAUCCCACAAACAAGCAGCAGCUGGCCACAGCACGGUGGAGGUCCGUCUAAACAGAGCUCUGGAGGAGGUGGAGAGGCUGAAGACUCAACUGAGCAAAAUGAAACAGGAGAAAAAUGACAAAAUGACAGAGGAACAUCAGAGUAAAGAAAAUCUGCUGGCUGAAAACAAAAUGCUCAAAAAACAGAAAGCCGAACUCAUCGCGGGCUUCAAGAAACAGAUGAAACUGAUAGACAUUCUCAAAAGGCAAAAGAUGCAUUUAGAAGCUGCCAAGCUGCUGUCCUUCACAGAAGAAGAAUUCAUGACGGCUCUAGACUGGGGGAAGUCUUAACAACUGAAUGUGACCAAUUCCUUUUUUAAAAGAUUAAAAAGCUUAAUGGUGCCUGGCUGUUAUUUUAGGAUACUUCUUUGUUUUGCUGGCCUCAGUUGUCUCUUAAAAUGUUUGUCUUUUUACUUUACAUCUGUUUAGAAUGAUGUUAACUCAGAACCUGUCAGCAUCUCUUAAUAAAAAUGCAGCUCUGAA